CUUCUGUAACUGAACGGUCUCCCGCGCAUUAAAUGCUCACACGAGCUAGGCUAAAGCUUAUCAUUCUAGAUCUGCAUCUUUCACAGGGGGCGCGACCUACCCGAUCAGGUACAUCCGUCAGAACGAUAUCACCACAGAUCGAACGGCGCCACUACAGCUAACAGCCGCUACCAUAACUUCAUAAUAUAAAGUGCACCGACUCACCUCCCUUCUCAUACUAUUUCGCUGAGUUUCGUUCUUUUGAUCCGUAACUGCCAUUAUGAAGUUUCUUCAACUCGUUUCGCUAGUCGCGCCUUUGGCGAUUGCCUCACGACUCGAUAGGCGGGGUAAGAUAGUAUAUGACGGUUACAAGAUCUUUCGUGUAGCAACUGGAAAUGAUGUUGCGGCUUUUGAGGCUCAUAUAGAGUCUCUCGAAGCUAUUGACCUAACCCAUAACCAUGGUCAUGUGGAAGGGGAACAUUUCGAUAUUGCGGUGCCGCCUGAGAGUCUCCCUGCCUUCGAAGCAUUGAAUUUCACAUCGGAAAUUCUGAGUGAGGAUCUCGGGGCUGACAUUGCCCUUGAAGGGGAGCUCGCAAAAUAUUCUAGACUGGAUGCGACGAGCGCCGCUGCUCUUCCAGACCCAUCUUGGUUCACCGCGUAUCACGCAUAUGAUGACCAUUUGACGUUCCUCAAAGACAUACAGUCAUCAUUUUCCUCCAACUCAGAGCUCAUCACGGCUGGCAAGACGUUUGAGGAUCGCGACAUCCAGGGUAUUCAUCUUUGGGGAAGUGGCGGCAAGGACUCUAAGCCUGCUAUUUACUUCCAUGGAAAUGUACAUGCUCGCGAGUGGAUCUCGUCAAAGGUUGUCGAGUACAUCAUAUAUCAGCUAGUCGCUAAUUACGACAACGAUACCACGAUAAAGGGAUUCGUUGACGACUAUGACUUCUAUAUUUUGCCGAUUGUUAACCCAGAUGGUUUCCUCUACACACAAACCAAUGAUCGCUUAUGGCGUAAAAACCGUCAGACACGUUCAGGAACUACCGCCGUCGGUACAGAUGUCAACCGAAACUGGCCCUACAAGUGGGAUGGAGAGGGAUCAUCAACGAGCCCAGGAUCAGAAACAUACCGCGGUGCUGCCGCUGGCGAUACACCUGAAAACACUGGAAUCCGCACUUUGGGAGACCAGCUAGCUGCUAAGAACGGCAUUAAACUAUACAUCGAUUGGCAUAGUUACGGUCAAUACAUCUUGACGCCUUACGGUUAUUCAUGCUCCGCAGCGACAUCAAACCAAGACAAACAAGACUUAUUGGCAAAGAGCCUCGCUACGGCUAUCGCUAAGCCAUAUGGCACUCGAUUUACUGCCGGCCAGACUUGCGCUACUUUAUACGCUACAGCUGGAGGUAGCAAUGACUAUGUGACUGAUGUGAAUAAGGCAGAAUAUGGAUGGGCCAUUGAACUCCGAGACACUGGUCGGAAUGGCUUCACAUUACCCGCUAACCAAAUUCUGCCGGCGAGUACUGAGAUAUGGGAAGGUUUGAAGUUUCUUUUCGCGAAUUUUUGAGCAAUUUUUCUGGAUAUGACAGCACUUCACGAGUAGAAAAGAUUACAUAGUCGACUUUUUGGUUCGAAUGUGACGGGUUAUCAACAGCGUCAUCAAUAAAUAUUGUUCAUUCGUGACAAAGAUC